UUCAAUUUAUAGGCUGAAAUCAUGAACUGUUAGCCGCAAAGCUUGAAAAUAAAUUGCAGCAAAAGUGGAAAAAGUUUGCAGCCUUUUUUUUCUUUUUGACUAUUGCAGCCACAAUAGUUGAAUGGAGUGUUGCUGCCUCUUUUUGACUAACACAAGUCCGACGAGAGGAUGGAGAAGUUGGAGUCCAAUGCUGUUGCUGUGGGGACCCAGAUGAAGAUGUUCGAGACCCAAUUGGGUCAACUGGCCAAUGCUUUUACAAAUCUACACCAACAAGGUCAGUUUUCGAGCAAUACAACUGUUAAUCCCAAGGAGCAUUGCAAGGCAAUCAAUUUGAGGAGUGGGACUACUUAUGAGGUACCCAAGAUGCCUGAGGACGAGAUCGUGUCACCGGUUGAUGAGAAAGAAGCUGAGGAGGUCACCGUUGAGGUUUCUGGUAAAAAGAAGAAUGAAAAGCAGAAGACUACUUCGCCAGCAACAGUGACUUUGCCGUUCCCUCAGCGUCAUCAGAAAGAGAGGGUGAAACAGCAGUUCUCCAAGUUUUUGGAGAUCUUCAAGAAGUUGCACAUCAAUCUUCCAUUGGUGGAGGCGUUGCAGGAAAUGCCACAAUAUGCAAAAUUCUUGAAGGACAUCAUCUCGAGAAAGAAGAGGUUGGGAGAGUUUGAGACGGUGAAUCUCAACGAGGAGUGCAGUGCAAUCUUGCAGAAGAAGCUCCCAGCCAAGCUUAAAGAUCCAGGCAUCUUCACUAUUUCCUGCAUCAUUGGAGGCCAGCAGUUUGGGAAGGCGCUCUGCGAUUUGGGGGCAAGCAUUAAUCUCAUGCCCUUAUCUAUUUUCCAGCGGUUGGCUAUUGGAGAGAUGAAGCCGACGUCGAUCGCGUUGCAGAUGGCAGAUAGGUCGGUGACGUAUCCACGGGGGAUAGUGGAAGACAUGCUGGUGAAGGUCAAUGAGUUCAUAUUCCCAGCUGACUUUGUGGUGUUGGAUUUUGAGGAGGACAAUACCAUCCUGUUGAUCCUAGGGAGACCGUUCUUGGCCACAGGACGAGCCUUGAUAGAUGUGGCUAAUGGGGAGCUCACUUUGAGAGAGAAUGAUGAGAGCCACACUUUCUCCAUAUAUCGAGCUUUGAAGUUUUAUGAUGAGAAGGAAGACAUUGACAUGGAGGAGUGCAAGUUGCUGAGCCUAGUUGAUUCCUAUGACACACCAUCUUCAUGGAAGGGUCUCGGCGACCCUCUUGAGACUUGCAUCUCUCAUUUCUUUUUAUCUGCUGAUUUUGAUUUUCCUCUUGAUAUGCAUUUGUUUUCUGAUGAGUUGUUUGAGUGUUGUAGUGCAUUGGAGAGUGUAGCAGAGAUUGCACAUAGGAAAGGACGAUUUCUGGAGCUGCGCACCGAGGAGGAGAAGAAAAAGAUGGAGGAGGAAAAGGGGACCGCCCCAAAGCUUGAGUUGAAGCCGUUGCCGGAUCACUUGAGAUACGCCUUCCUAGGUGAUGGUAAGACGUAUCCGGUAAUUGUAUCAGCUCUUCUUACUCCUUGUGAAUUGGAUUCUUUGUUGCGUGUGUUGAGAAAGCAUAAGUCUGCUAUUGGUUGGUCGAUCUCUGAUUUGAAAGGGAUUAGCCCAAGUGUAUGCAUGCAUAGGAUUUUGCUUGAUGAUGAUGCUAGGCCUAGAGCGCAACCUCAAAGGCGCUUGAAUCCUAUUAUGCAAGAAGUCGUUAGGAAAGAAGUGUUGAAAUUGCUUGAUGCUGGGAUUAUAUAUGCUAUAUCUGAUAGUGAGUGGGUCAGUCCUACCCAAGUGGUGUCUAAGAAAGGGGGGAUGACUGUUGUGAAGGGUGAGUCUGAUGAGAUGAUUGCUACACGUGUGGUUACUGGUUGGAGAGUCUGCAUAGAUUAUCGCAUGUUGAAUGCUGCUACUAGGAGAGAUCAUUUUCCCCUUCCCUUUAUUGAUCAGAUGCUUGAUAGAUUGGCUGGGUAUGAGUUUUACUGUUUUCUUGAUGGUUAUUCUGGGUACAAUCAAAUUAUGAUUGCUCCGGAAGACCAAGACAAGACUGCUUUUACUUGCCCAUAUGGGAUUUUUGCUUAUCGUCGCAUGUCUUUUGGUUUGUGUAAUGCUCCUGCUACGUUCCAAAGAUGCAUGAUGACUAUUUUCCAUGAUCUGAUUGAGAGUGUGAUGGAAGUUUUCAUGGAUGAUUUCUCUGUGUUUGGUAGUUCCUUUGAUCAUUGUCUAGAGAAUUUAUCUGUUGUGCUUGCUCGUUGUGAGGAAACUAACUUGGUGCUUAAUUGGGAGAAGUGCCAUUUUAUGGUGCGAGAAGGCAUUGUUCUUGGCCACAAAGUUUCAGCUGCAGGUUUGGAGGUUGAUCGAGCCAAGAUUGUUGCCAUAGAGAAGCUCCCGCCACCAACCAAUGAUAGAGCUGUGCGCAGUUUCUUGGGUCAUGCCGGAUUCUACCGCCGCUUCAUCAAGGACUUCUCAAAGGUUGCCAAACCGCUGAGUCAGCUGUUGGAGAAAGAUGUCAAGUUCUAUUUUGAUGAUGCGUGCACAGCUGCGUUUGAGACUUUGAAGAAAGCCUUGGUCACAGCUCCUGUUUUGAUUGUGCCGGAUUGGACGCAACCAUUCGAGUUGAUGUGUGAUGCCAGUGAUAUUGCCAUUGGAGCUGCGUUGGGUCAGAAGAGGGACAAGAUUUUUCGUGUCAUUUAUUAUGCCAGCCGGACUUUGGAUAAAGCUCAGGCGAACUACACGGUGACCGAGAAGGAGAUGCUAGCAGUUGUGUAUGCUUUUGAUAAGUUUCGUGCAUACUUGAUCGGGACGAAAUCAAUUGUAUACACCGAUCACGUAGCCAUCCGCUUUCUCUUUGAUAAAAAGGAUGCCAAGCCACGACUCAUUCGGUGGAUCCUGUUGCUGCAAGAGUUCGAUAUAGAGAUUCGGGAUCGUCGUGGUUGUGAGAAUGUGGUUACCGAUCAUCUCUCUCGGCUAGAGAAUUCGGUGGAAGGAGAGGAACUUCAAGUUCCAAUCAAGGAGACAUUCCCGGAUGAGCAGAUUUUGCAAGUGAGCUCGCUUACACCAUGGUAUGCCGACUAUGUGAAUUUCCUGGCCGCCAAAUAUCCUCCACCCAAGGAUUCGAGUACUUAUAAGAAGAAGAAAUUCUAUUUAUGA